AUGGCGUACAGUUUCGAUCCAAACUAUCCUCAGCAAGCACGACAGACUGUACUGCGCGGCAUUGAGAGAUGGAACCAAGUUUUGGGCGACUGUCUCCCGCUUCAGCCAAGACGAGCCGGCGAUCGCGACUAUAUCAACGUUUUUAAUGGUGGAGGGUGCUUUAGCAUGAUCGGCAGAGUUGGUGGCGGUCAAGCCUUAUCGCUGUCAGUCAACGGUUGCGUUUAUCGAGGAACCGUGAUCCACGAAUUUCUCCAUGCUGCAGGACUCAUUCAUACACAGAAACGACCAGAUCGCGACAACUACAUUACUAUACACUGGGGGAACAUCGUGGAUAGCUGGAAGAGUCAGUUUACAAAGGAAUCAUCCAGAGACAUCGGGAAAUAUACAGAUUACGACAUUUACUCGAUCAUGCACUACUCCUACCGUCAUCCGAGCUGGUCCAUCAACAAUCGACCCGGUUUCACCUCAAAGAUCCCGAAUGUCGACUACAGCAGGAUCGGGACCGGAGACGACUUCACCCAGAGCGAUGUGCUCGCUAUCAGACGGAUGUACAAAUGCCCAGCGCGCAAAUUUAACACUAUCGUCAACAACAACAACAGCAACAACCGCAAUGGAACCAAGGAUAGAAAGCCCAUUCUCUGUUCCAACGUGUAG